UUCCGGUCCAAAUAAAGCAGAUGAUUUUUUUGCGGUAAUUAUUGUAUAUAAAAUUUCCUUCUUCGCUGCUGUCCUCAUAGAAAAAGUGUAACACUUUUUGAAACUUUUUGUAAAGGGUAAUAAAGAAUGCUAGUGGAAGAUAAUGGAAACUAGUUUGACAGAACUUCAUGAUGGUGAAGAAAGUCUUGGAUGUUUGAAUGAACAUGACAAACCAGAAUUACCAAUUGUUGGAAUUUUACCAACAUCUUCAACACCAUAUUCACUGCCCCAGAACUGUCUUGGAAUAGUUUUAGUAGAUACUUCCUCUCGGAAUGUACAGUUAGCUGCUGAUCUUAACGGUGUUUCUUGCAACUACAGUGAUGCUACAGAACUUCCAGGGAGACAACUGGUACAGUCAACUAUAGCGAUUCCAGGUAUUUUUCAACAAGUUACCCCAUCAGAGAUAGAUGAGGAACAUGUUAAUAAUGUUUAUAGUACAAACCAUGUAGGUAAUGUCUGUGAGGACAGUUUAGAUGGAGGAAAUCUUAUUCAACAGAAUCAAUUGACGAACACAACAAAUCUUCAGAAUGGAAUGAAGAAGCAGGAGGGACCAUUAAAAAAGAAAGGUGGAUGGCCAAAAGGAAAAAGAAGGAAAGAAGUUCCUGAACUUAUUACUCCAAAGGCACCUCCUACAGGUUAUGUGCUGUUUGCAAUGCAGAGAAGACUUGAAAUAAAAGAAGAACAUCCAGAAGUAGCAUUUUCACAAGUAACCAAAUUGUUAGGUCAUGAAUGGACAGCCUUAGACUCUGACAAGAAACAGAAAUAUCUAGAUGAAGCAGAUGAACUAAAGAAAAAAUAUAUUGAGGAAAUGAAAAUUUUCAAAGAAUCUGACGCUUAUAAAAAUGUGAUGAAAAAGAAACGGAAAGCAAGUGAGAAUGGAUUAAAUGAAGGAGAACUGGAAGGUUGUACUAAAAGUUGUAUUGAGGAAGAAAUGAACUGUUUAUUCUGUGAGAUAUGUGAUAUGUAUUUUACAAGUGCUCAUAAUAAGAAAGAACACAUGUUUGGCCGACAACACCUUCAAAAUAUAUCAGGAGAGAUUAAAAGACAGUCAACAGAAAAAAAUAAACAAAAACAUGCUGAACAUUUUAAUACAACUGAAGAUUCUGAUAGUGAACAGACUAUGUCAAAUGGACCUGUGGAUAUUCAGGAAUUUAUAAAUUCUUUUAUGGCUCAAAAUCAUGAGCGAGAAAUAGAGAUAUCUAGGUUAAGACAUACUGUUAAAUUAGCAAGAGAAGAAAAUUCCUCUCUGUAUAAACAAAUUGAAGAAUUUAAGAUGUAUGAAAACAGAUUAUCUAAUGAAUUAGAAGCUAAUAAACAGUACUGUCAAAAUAUAAUUAGUCAGACAGAGACACUUAAAAUGAUAUCUAGUACAUUUAGUGCAAUGUUUGGAAUCCUUAACUUUGAAGUAUGACAAAGGACAUGCUUAGUUUAUUUCAGUACAGUUCCAUAAGGAUGAAAGAGUUCAUUGAGGUUGUUUCUAGAUAUCUAACUCUUUACAGCAUACCUUAUGAUUUCUGAGGUGAUGGAAGAGGGUUCUCUUCUCCUCCCACCCCCUUUUUGUCGAGCCUUCGACUUUUGUCGAAAAAGCGAGACAUAGCGAUCCUACAUUCCGUCGGCGUCGUCGUCGGCGGCGUCCACAAAUAUUCACUCUGUGGUUAAAGUUUUUGAAAUUUUAAUAACUUUCUUAAACUAUCCAGGAUUUCUACCAAACUUUGACAGAAGCUUGUUUAUGAUCAUAAGAUAAUAUUCAAAAGUAAAUUUUGUAAAAAAAAAUUCCAUUUUUUCCGUAUUUUACUUAUAAAUGGACUUAGUUUUUCUGCCAAGAAACAUUACAUUCACUCUGUGGUUAAAGUUUUUGAAAUUUUAAUAACUUUCUUAAACUAUCCUGGAUUUCUACCAAACUUGGAAAGAAGCUUGUUUAUGAUCAUAAGAUAGUAUCCAGAAGUAAAUUUUGUAAAAAAAAAAAUCCAUUUUUUCCGUAUUUUACUUAUAAAUGGACUUAGUUUUUCUGCCAAGAAACAUUACAUUCACUCUGUGGUUGAAGUUUUUGAAAUUUUAAUAACUUUCUUAAACUAUCCUGGAUUUUUACCAAACAUGGAAAGAAGCUUGUUUAUGAUCAUAAGAUAGUAUCCAGAAGUAAAUUUUGUAAAAAAAAAAAUCCAUUUUUUCCGUAUUUUACUUAUAAAUGGACUUAGUUUUUCUGCCAGUUAACAUUACAUUCACUCAGUGGUUAAAGUUUUUAAAAUUUUAACAACUUUCUUAAACUAUCCUGGAUUUGUACCAAACUUGGACAGAAGCUUGUUUAUGAUUAAAAGCUAGUAUCUAGAAGGAAAUUUUGUUAAAAUUUUGUUUGAUUUUUUCCGUAUUUUACUUAUAAAUGGACUUUGUUUUUCUUCCAGUUAACAUUACAUACAGUCUGCAGUUUAAGUUUUUAAAACAUUUAUUAGAUUUAUAAACUAUCCUGGAUUUUUACCAAACUUGGACAGAAGCUACUAACAAUCAAAAGAUAGUAUAGAGAGGAAUAUUUUUAUUUAUUUUUUUCCUCAUUUUUGUUGAGCCUGCGAUUAACAGCAAAAGUAGGCGAGACACUGGGUUCCGCGGAACCCUUACGAAUUUUCUAUUCUCCAACUCUUUUUCUUUCUCUCUCCCCUCUUCUCUUUUCUUACAAAACCUCGCCUCCCUUCUUUGUGUUGUUUUCCAAUAAAACACUGGAGAUACUUCAUGAUACAAAGUUGCUUACCUUGUGAACAUUAUUUUUAAAUUGUAAACAAGAGUUAACCAACAUCUGAUCAAUCUUCAAUAUCUGCAAUAUAAUGUUUUUCUUUGGCCAGUUUUCAAAUGACAAUCAUUUGUAUAAAAUGACUACCAUAUAAUUUCAAUGGGAACUAUGUGUCACCAUUGACCCUAUGUUUUCCAUCUUCUUACCUUAAAUAAGGAUUGUAGAGGUUGACGAAUCAUCAAUCAUGUAAAGUUUCAAAUUAACCAGAAUACCAGAGGUAAUAUAAUACUCAGUACAACCAUUUUUUGCAAAUUCUGUGCACUUGUACUUUGAAACAACAUUUUUGAAAAUUAAUCAGAAUCAAAGAGUGACAUGUUUUUCAUCCGAUCAAAACUAUAUCAAACUGAUAAGUAACCUACAAAAUAGGGAGGAUAUACCCUCUACAUCCAACCUGAAUCUUCUACUGUUCCACAUAGUACAUACCAAGUUUGGUAAAGAUGGGGAAUGAAAUGUCAGAGGAGAGGAAAAAAAAGAUUUACCAGGAAUUAUAAAAACAUUGGUCACUGUAGCAAACUGCAACAAUCAACUGCUACAUCAUCCACAUAUUCUAACUUUUUUUAUUUGAAAUGUGAUGGCAUGUUACAGGCAUUUAACUACCCCCUUACAAACCAACAUCCAGACAGGUAUUUUUAUAAAAAUAAAUCACCUUUUAUUAAAAAUCAAUUAAAUGUCUUGACUUCCUUAUUUCUUACUCCUUUGUCCUUUUGCAUGAUAAAGCCUCAUGUUUAACCGCAGCAAGUAUUCAUUCUUUAAUAGUUUAGCUGCCAGUUUUUAAUGAAUUAGUAAAUCUGUUGUAAAUGGUACAAUCUAAAGUAUAAACUUUUCCAGCAAGCAAAUGACUGCAAUUAUUUCAAAAAAAAACUAGCCAGUUUAGUCUUCAUGGUUUAUGAUUUGAAACAAGCUUGUUUUUUUCUUUAAAGAAGAUUUUGAUGAUUCAUACAAACAUUCAUCAACUUAUUCAUCUUUAGUGUUUUGUUUUUCUUAUUUUACUAUUUGUAUCCUUCUUCUGCUCUCCUUUCUCCAGGUCUCCCUUUACCCUUUCUAUUCCUCACCUCUUAAAGUAAAGAAUCAGGUCGUGCAAGACGAGCCUUGCAUCCAAAAAAACUAAGCCUCCAUCAAAUCAUUUUAAAGUUGGCAAUAUUGUUAAGGUUGAUCAUCAGUAUAUAUUUCCUCAGAUAGAAUUUUCUUAUACUUUGCUAAAAUGAAGAUUUUACUAUGUUUUUUUCAAAUAUAUGAUAAAAAGUAAGGGUCACCAUGCUAUUUUUUAAGCUACAAGUCGUGCAAUAUUGCCCAAAUUUGCAUAGAUUGUUCAUGAAAAAACUCAUUUUUGUGAAUAAAAAUAAAUCUAUGAGACAGAAUUUUGAAAUAAAAUAUGAGAAGAUAGGUUUUAUAAUAUGCUUUAAAAAAACAAAGAGAAAAAAUGGUGUCACCAAACUUGUUUUCUUGCUACAAGUAAAAAAUGAAAAUUUCACUAUCAUUUCAGUAUGAAUUUUUACUAUAAAAUUAUCUCCCCUUAUUUGGCUUAAUUGAAAAAUUGAUUCUAAAAAUACAAUUAUUUGGUAUUUAUUUAAAAAAUUUUGGAUAAUGCAUUAAAUCACUUAUUUUUCUUUAUACAAAUAAACAGUCUCACAAUUAAAUUGCAAGUCUGUCUCAAAAUUUGCAGAUUUAGGCAAAGAACUAGACCAAUUGUGUACUGCUAUUGUACAAUCAAAGAUGGGGGUAUACAGUAAAUCUACCUUAAGAACCUCUUAACAAGAGCCAGUCAAGGUCUUUAAAAACUUCCAUAUAUAUAUAUAUACCUCUUAACACUGAUCCAGUUAGAAUUUGACUGAUUUCAUUUUUGUUGUUGAGAAUUAUGCCCCUUGAUAAAUGAGAAAAUAACUGUUAUAUUUUGGUUUUGGUACAAAAACUUCAUUAGCAUCAAAGGAAUGUUUUUUUAUGUUUACUAAACACAUGGUAAGUUAACAUAUGUUGUGUACAAGUUAUCAUUUUGUACAAAAAAAAUUGU